AUGAUAAACGCCAGUGGUAUCCUACGUCCAUAUGGUCUCUGCCCUGUGGCCGAUGCUUGGAGAAGAGUGUUGUGGCAGGGUGGCCUCCCUGGACACUUCUCCAGUAUACCCAACGAUAUUAGUAUCCUACGUCCCUAUGGUCUCUGCCCUUUGGCCGAUGCUUGGAGAAGAGCGUUGUGGCAGGGUGGCCUCCCUGAACCUCUUCUCCAGUAUACUAUAUUGUUGAAUGCUAUUGUCCUUGGAAAAUUUCAUCGAUAUGUUUCAACAUUUGCAAGUGACGCUGAUUGUAAAGACUGGAAUUUCCUAAACUGUCUCCGGUACCUGAAAGAUUAUGCAGAAUUUCAAUUUACUUCAGACAGCAAACAAGAUAUCUUAGAUGCAUUUAUUAAAGUCUUUAAGAGAAUUGGUGAAUCUGGUACAAAUAGGGAAAAAAAAAAGGCCAAAAAAAUUCAUGAUAGUGCCAAAGCGGUCUUCCAAACAAAAGAGAUUUCUGAAUUUUUUGAAGAGUUAGAUAGAGAGUUUAGUGAGAGACGUCUUGAAAGAUCACUUGAAAAUAAUGGCAGUGAGCUGUUAAUAAAGUCUUGUAAUUUCCAGACACUGAAUCAUUCGUUACGUUUCAAAAAAAGAACCGCAAAAUUAAAAAGGAAAUAUGAAACGGAGGACGAAACAUCAGAAACAUCUUGUGAACCAAAGUCAUAUAAGAUCCGAUCAUCUGAGUCAAACAUCUCAACAACAUUAGUAGAAAGCGAAGUUAUGAGCAGAAGUUCAACCUCAGAUCAAACCUAUGAUUCUCCUUCUGAUUCUGAAGGUUCCAUAAAAGCAAAGAGGUCAUUUUAUCUUGAUUAUUUCAUAGGACCUGGUGAAAUUGAUUGGGAACUAAAGGAAGAUUCUACCGUGUGGGUUAUUGGAGAAGUAGAUAUUUCUAAAAUUUGUGUGGAAUUCCGACUUCUGGCCCUAAACCAUAUAUUUCUUUUCCAAGAAGAGAAUGCGCAAGGACUUUAUGAAUAUUUUGAUGAUGAAUCAUGGAAGUGCGUUUUCUCAGAGAUUCGUACACAAUAUCUUUAUAUUAGUGUUCCAGAACAUGUCCUUGAUUUGUGUGGAACAAUUGUGAAGAUCGCGUCUCAAGAACAAGACCCACAAAGACGUCGAUCCGAAAUUAAGGAUUUUCUAAGAAACUAUAAGACGAAUGGAGAGCUCGAAGAAAUAAUGCACAAUAUACUCUUUAAUUUAGUUGACCGUUAUCAAAGUUCAUUUGUCAAAAAUAACGAAAACGAGGAUACACAUUCUCACAACUAUGUUGCCCCUGUGAGCAAGCCGUUUUUUCCAGAAGGCAAAAAAACGACCAUAGACUGGGCAAACAAGACAUCAAAAUCAUCUGCUCAGACAAUGAAACAAUUCGAUCCUAUCCUUUCUGGCUCAAAACCCGACUUGACAAUAAGAACCAUCAAUCCUAAAAAAUUUGUUGAAUUAAUGUUUGCCGAAAUAAAACCACCGAAUACAAGAGCGGAUUUAGUAAAUGAGGAUCUAGUGACUUUGGGAAAAACAAUGCGAGCAUCAUUUGAUAAGUCGUUAGAAGAUGGUGUUGAUCUUGUUAUCUGUGGAUUGCAUGUCUUUGGUUACCUUGGAAGAUGCUAUAUUAUCGAUCUUCGUUAUGAUGGACUUUAUCGAAUGAUACUGGUGGGAGAAUUUAGAUUUCCUGAAGAUCCAACAACUUGGGGGACACUUAUGAGCUAUUUUCAGGUGAUGGCUACAAUGCAGAGUCUCGUGAAUGAAGGGGCAACUAAAUACCAAUACACUCGAAAGGGUUCAAAACAAGAAAAUCCGGCAAAUUUAAAAUUUAAAAAGCCAAUGUUGGAAGUAGAUAUGUCGGCAGUAUUACCGGGCGUAUCAACUAUUUGUUUAGGAAUACCUCCAGUAGAAUGGCUUGGGUUUGAGCUUCUCAAAAUCGUGUUUUAA